CAGUCCCGGCGUGCUGCGCGCUGCUAACGGCUACCGACCGAGAGAGAGAGGGAUAGAGACAGAGAGAAGGAUAGAGGGAGGGAGUGAGUGAGUGAGGAAAUAAAGUGAGUGUGUUGGUGAAGAUGGCCGAGGCCUUACCGCAGACUCCGAGCAGGCAUGAGAAGAGCCUAGGACUCCUCACCACCAAGUUCGUGUCCCUGCUGCAGGAGGCCAAGGACGGGGUGCUCGACCUGAAAGUGGCAGCAGAUACUCUGGCCGUGCGACAGAAGCGGCGGAUAUAUGACAUCACCAACGUCCUGGAGGGAAUCGGGCUUAUCGAGAAGAAAUCAAAAAACAGCAUUCAGUGGAAAGGAGUGGGCCCUGGAUGCAACACCCGAGAGAUUGCAGAUAAGCUGAUAGACCUAAAGGCGGAGAUCGAGGAUUUGGACAGACGAGAGCAGGAGCUGGACCAGCAACGAGUCUGGGUACAACAGAGCAUUCAGAAUGUGACGGACGAUAUCGAGAACAGCAGAUUAGCAUAUGUGACACAUGAGGAUAUGUGCCGAUGUUUUAAAGGUGAUACGUUGUUAGCAAUCCAGGCACCCUCAGGCACCCAACUGGAGGUUCCCAUUCCAGAAGGCGGCUUGAAUGGACAGAAGAAGUAUCAGAUCCACCUGAAGAGCACGACCGGUCCCAUCAACGUUUUGCUGGUGAACAAGGACACUUCGUCCUCCUCCCCAGUGGUGGUACCCGUGCCCCCGCCUGAAGACAUGAUCCAGUGUACGUCAACGGUGCCUACAACCCCACAGAGGCCAGCGCUGGCCAGUAAUCAGGAGGCCGAGCCGACGUUACCAACCCGGUCUGCCUCUCCGUCCACUGCCCCGGAGGUAUCCCGGCCUCAGCCCACAGUAACAACACCCACAGUGCCAAGUGCGUCAACCCAAGAGUCCCCCAGCAACACCAGCAACGUCUUAAGCCUGGAACCUCUCAACCUGCUGCCAACACCCACCAGUCAAUCCGUAACCAUGGAAACACAGCCACUGGAGUCCUCAGCCUCACUGGACAGCAGCACGUCUUUAUCCAAUCCCACUACCUCCUUUGCACCAAUCAAAACUGAACCUUCUGUGGACUUGGAGUUUCCGAAAGAGUUGACAGAGAUGUUUGACCCCACUAAAGAAUGUAUGGAUUCCGACCUCAUAGACGAGCUGAUGUCUUCAGAAGUUUUCGCUCCUCUGCUGAGGCUGUCUCCGCCACCAGGAGACCACGACUAUUACUUCAACCUCGAUGACAGCGAAGGUGUCUGCGAUCUAUUUGAUGUGCCAAUUCUUAACCUUUGACCUUUCAACAAACUUUGCUGUCUGUCAGCUGUGUAUUGAACUUCUAAAAACAUUUUUUUAAGCAAACAAAAAACUUUUUUUUAAAAAAAUGACAUCUUUUGCAAAUUCUGCGUCUCCCUGGAGUGAGAUAAACUUUUGACGUAACUGCACCUGAAUACGACGAAGAAAUAAUGGAAGGCAAAGGUUGUCAGCAGAUGGAUGGUUUCCGAGUUGCUAUUGGCUUUCUUUUUUAGUUGGCUUCACGACCUCAGAGAUAUUGAUUGUUCUUUCAGUGACAAAGCAGAACUUUGGCUCUAACUCCAUCAUUGGCCUUGCUGUGUGGUGCCCCUGGAGAUAGUGGCUGGAAAUCGCAUUGGCAUUCCAGUUACCUGGAUUGGAGUCGGCCAUUUUGGAUUAACGCUUCAUGUGAAAAGCCAUCUUCACACACUUUACAAUGCCAAGACUGCCUUCUGUUUAUCGUCAAGACUUUUUUUUUUCCCUUUCCCCAUCUGCUCUCAAUGGACUGUGCCACUCGCCUUUUCAGUAAUAUCCCUAUCUCCUUCCACUAGCUGUUCAACCUCAUCAAAUCGAACAGUCUCUUUCACAGUGGUGGGCAUUAUAAACCUUGGUCAGUUUUGAAGUUGAGAUAACGGUAUUUAUUUUUGUGCUUAAUUUUCUUUUUAAUCGAAAACUACUUCUCAAUCGGGAUUGCUUUAAAAUUUGAUUUCCUCCUGAGUAUUGACAUCCCCCUUUGUAAUCUUCCACAACUUAGGGUGUGUUGGCUCUUUCUAUGUCAAUUUGGACACUUCCCAGUAUGAUUCCCACUGCUUCUAUUCAUCCAGUACACUCAAUCCUUCUCAUCAAGCCUGAAUGGAUUUUAUAGAUUGGGGCAAAUGGACAGCAUCACUGUCAAACCUGGCCCAGUGGAUGAUCCAAAUGGCUUUCUACUGUGCUUUAAUCAUUUGGUGACUCCCUCCCUUUGUCAUUCUGUAAGGAUUGAUCUUCCGUUGAAAGGGAUUGGAAAGCCUAUUUGCGUAGUUCCAAAGCUGGUGAUUCCAAAGGGUGGAAUCCUUUAGGGCUGAUCUUAAAAUUUCAUCACCAUUGAAGAGCUGCUGUGCAAGUUGCUUUUCUCAUGGUGUAUUGCGAACCAUGGGAGGACACUCCUCCACUCUUGAGAGAUCUUCUCGGCUUGGAUGUGAACCUGUGGUGCUAUUUUAAAUGUUUCUAAUUACCCCCUUGACCUAUUUCUCCCAUUUUGUUGGCUCCUUGAGAAGUUCCCCUCUGCAUAAUGUCCCCACUGUCUGGCUGCUGAUGUGCCCAUGAGAUGUACAAUCAGUUGUAGAGUCAAAAGUCACACUGCCAUCAGUUGUCAUGACAAUCUGCUUUCCCUAGUUGAUGUCUUCCAAUUUGCUCAUGGGUGAGGGUAGUGCAGAGCCUGCUUCCCAAUGAUUGUCACUGUGGUGACCUGUGGCAUUGCUUAUAGAGCAAAUGAAGUCAGAGUGGCUCAUCUUAAGCAAACCAUACUUGUGUCUGACAUUGGACGUACAUGUCAAGCUAAAAUUCAAACACCCACUCUUUUUUUUAAAAUAAUAAAUAUUUUAAAUGGCUCAGGCACUCAGCCUAACUUGGGGUGGAUUCCAUUAACUCCUGGGGAUUUGAAGAGAAGUGGGGAUGGGAUAGUGGUAGAGUGUUUUACUGUAGCUUGCCUCAUGAUGGUACUCUGGGAAGCCAGGUGACGUGGUUUUACAAUGCAUCUCACUACAGAAGUAAUGUGCUGAACGGACAGGGCCUAGCAUCCUCAUUGCUUUACGUCAAGAGGAGAUGAGCGAGCUGGAAUUGGGGAAUUCAUUUGCAUCUCAAAUUGAGAGUCAUUCCACUUCCUGUUAGCACCCGACCUGACAGACUUAACAUAGCGACAGUGAGACCUGGUGCCCUGGUUCCAUAUGUUUUUCUCUUUCUGCAUGUUUUCCCUUGUCUCUUCCUGAGAUGAGAUUUCAACGGAGCGUUGAUCAAACUGCAAAACAAUAUCUUUUUGUCCGUGCAUGGGGUGUGAAUGUCACUGGCUGAGCCAGUAUUUCUUGCCCAUCCCGAAUUGUUCUAUUUGAAGUAGGUGGUGAGCUGCUGCUGCAUCUGGUGUAGGGACAGCCGCAAUGCUAUUGGCAAGGGGGUUCCAGGAUUUUGAUCCAGCAACAUUGAAGGAAUGAUGAUACGUUGCCAAGUCAGGAUUGUAUAUGGCUUGGAGGGGAACAUCAAAUUGCAGUGUUCCCAUGUGUCUGCUACCCUCUUUCCAAGUAGUAGAGGUCAUGGGUUUGAACAGUGCUGUCUAAGGAGACUUCUUACAGUGCAUCUAGACAGUGCAUGCUGCUGCUAGUGGGUUAGUGGUGGAGGGAGUGAAUGUUUAAAUUGAAUGCUUUGCUCACGUUGCACUAAGAAGUUCAGCUGUUGCCUUAAAGGGAAAUAGACAGUCAGAAACUGGAGGUAACUAUGGGUGGAAUCUAGUUAGUGUGGGAAAUGUGUACCGUAGUAUAUCUGAUAGGGAGGAACUAAGACCUGUAAUACACAGGUUCACUCACUCUCUACAACCAGCUGAAUAGUUCCAGUCGGGACUCAAUGUUUCAGGCCAGGGAUCCACUGUUAAAGGUGAAGGAGAAUGUGCUUUAUUUCAUAGCUUGUAACUGCGGUGUUAAGUGAUUCUGGUUUCAAUGUUCUCACAAAUCAGACUGGCUUUAUUUAGUACAGAACUACCUUCCUGUGGUGUGCUGGGUCCAUUGUUUGAACUCCGCCCCAACAUAUGACCACACUGUUCCUGUCAGGUUUUACCCAAUUCCCCCUUGUAUUUCCUGAUACGGACCACAGUGAGCAGUGAUAGUCACUGAGUCUUCCAGGAGCUCUGUCUAUUCACUGACGCACUACUGACCUUUGGUGAGUUCCUGGGCCAUGUCUCGGCUCCUUCAAUGACUGGUCAUAUCUCUUAGUGUGCGUUGCUCACAACUGAGGUUUGCUGUGGUUUAACAGGGUCCAGCUUCUUACGUCCUUAGUUCAAUUGCCGUCAUUAUUCAUAGAACCAUGCAGUACUGAAGAGGCCCUUCAGCUCAUUGAGUCUGUACCACUAAAAAUAUACUACUACCUGCACUAGGCCCAUGGCCUUGAAUGUUUUAACACUUUAAAGUGCUCAUCCAAGUACUUUUUAUAGGUUAUGUGGUGACUCGCCUCAACCUCCCAGGUAGUGCAAUCCAGACCCCCACCACCCUCCGGGUGAAAAAGGUUUUCCUCAAACCUCCUGCCUUUCAUUUUAAGAUUAUGCCCCCUUGUUACUGACCUUUUGAAUAAGGGGAACAGCUAUUUCCUAUUCAUCCUUUUCAUGCCCCUCAUAAUCUUAUACCCCUCUAUCAGGUCACCCACCCACACACCCACCCCCCACCCCCCCAUCCCCAGCCUUCUCUGCUCCAAAGAAAACAACUUGAGUUUAUCCAGCCUGUCUCCAUCGCUGAAGUGCUCCAUUGGUGAAUCUCCUCUACAUCUACUUCAUUUAUAGUGAUUGUCUUAUUUACCCAGAAGCGGCAUUAAGGAGAUUCAGCAUUCAUUUGAGAUCUUCGACUGAGAGAGUUGGUAUCACUGAAGGGCAGCCUUAAUGACACAAUCUGCACCUGAUUUGCUCCAGGUUGCUUGUGUUCUUUUGCGCUCUCACUCACUCUCUCGUGUAUGUUAUCACUGUCUUUGUGUCUCUCCCUCCUUUGUCUUACUAGCCAUCAAGGUGUAGCUUCUUCCAUGAAGCACUUGAUUUUAUGUUUUAUUUAAAAGGUAAGCACAGUGUUUUCAUAUAUAACAUACCCCAUCCCUGUGUUGUCAACAUAUUCAUGCACUUAGCAUCAGUUGGUUGUAGCUGGUGUUAAAUCCACUGGCUAGAAUGUUGCACAGAUACAAUACCAGUGUGAAUAACCACUUUGGGUUUUCAGUUCACCUCAGAUGUUCCUCCCCAACACACUUACCUUCUUUCACAAGGAGACCCCUUUUGUCCAGGUGCCUCUGCAAGCUCUUUGAAAGAUCUGUGGAAUUAGUCCCAAUCCACUGCUCUUUCCCUAUAGCUCUUAAAUAGUUUCCCCUUCUUCAUCCACUUCCUCUCUUUUGAGUAUCUAUUUAAUCUACUUCUACCAUCCUUUUGGGCCGUACAUUGCAGUUCAUAACAAUUCGCUUUGUAAGAGAGAUUACAAAUUUCUCCUCUUGCUCUUUUGCCAGUGAGGUUGGAUCUGGGACCUUGGAUUACCAAUAUUGUUGUAUGUAGAAAUAGCUUCUCUGUUAUCUAUUGAAACCUCUCAUAAUUGUAAUGCUUUGAAAUCUCCAUUGACUUUGUCCGCUCUGCAGCUUUUACUGUUUUCACAUGCUGAGGUGUCUCAUCUCUGCUACCAUUCUAGUAAAUCUUUUCUGCACCAUCUCCAGGGCUUUGACAUUCUCCCUGACGUGUGGUGCCCAGAUUUUUUUUUUUAAUUCAUUCAUCAGUUAUGGGUAUCGCUGGCUAGGCCAGCAUUGGUAGGCUCGUUCUUAAUUGCUCCAGAGAAGAUGGUGUUAAGCUGUCUUCUUAAACUGCUGCAGGCCUUGGGUUGUAGAGAGACCACAGUGAUGUUACGAAAGGAGUUUCAGGACUUUGACCCAGUGACCAUGAAGGAACAGCAAUAGAGUUCCCAAGGCUGGUGAGUUGUUUGGCGGAGAACUUGCUGGUGGUAGUGUUCCUAUGUAUCUAGGCAAGAGAAGUGAUUGAUUUGGAAAGUGCUGUCUAAGGAGCCUGGGCGAGUUUUGCAGUGUAUCUUGUAGAUAGUACACACUGUCAGUGUUGGAGGGUGUGAAUGUUGAAGUUGAUGGGUAGGGUGCCAAACAAGCAAGCUGCUCUGACAUGGAGUGUUGUUGGAACUGCACUCAUCCAGGCAAGUGGGGAGUUUUCCAUCACAUUCCUGUCCUGACUUGUGCAUUGUGGAUAGUGGACGGACUUUGGGGAGACAAUAGGUGAGUUUCUACCUGCAGCCUCUGACCUGCUCUUGUAGCCACAGCAUUUAUGUGGCUAGUCCAGUUCACUUUCUAGUCAAUGCUAAUCCCUAGCAAUUGUUAAGGAGUGUUUCGGUGCCAGAAAUGCCACCGAAUGUCAAACGGCGAUGAUCAGAAUCUCUCUUGUUGGAGAUGAUCAUUGGAGAUUGUGUGAUGAUUGGGGCGGCACGGUGGCUCAGUGGUUAGCACUGCUGCCUCACAGCGCCAGGGAACAGGUUCGAUUCCACCCUCGGGUGACUGCCUUUGUGGAGUUUGCACGUUCUCCCUGUGUCUGCAUGGGUUUCCUCUGGGUGCUCCGGUUUCCUCCCACAGUCCAAAGAUGUGCAGGUUAGAUGGAUUGGCUAUGCUAAAUUGCCCGUAGUGUUGAGGGAUGUGUAGCUUAGGUGGGUUUAUAGGGGGAUGGGUCUGGGUGGGAUGUUCUGAGGGUCAGUGUGGACUUGUUGGGCCGAAGGGCCUGCUUCCACACUGUAGGGCUUCUAUGAUCUAUGAAUGUUAGUUGCCAAUUAUCAGUCCAGGCCUGGAUGUUUUCCGGGUCUUAUCACAUGUGAAUACGGGUUGCUUCUUUAGGACACCGGCUUCUUCAGCCUCUGACAAGUUAGGCAUGGUGCUGAUCAUCGUUCACUGACAAUUUCAUAUCCACGCUUAUCGCACUUAUGGAGGGAAGGUCAUUGGAGCAGCUGAAGAUGAUUAGGCCCAGGACACUAUCUUGAGGAACUCCUGCAGAGAUAUCCUGGAGCUGAGGUGAUUGACUUCCAACAAACAACCAUCUUCCUUCAUGCAAGAUAUGACUCCAAACAAGAGAGAGAGUUUUCCCCUAUUGUCCCAUUGACUCCAGUUCCGUUAGGGUUCCUUGAUGCUUUUCUGUUGAGGGAAGUUGCACUCACCACAUCUCAGGACUUCAGCCCUUUUAUCCAUGUUUGGGCCAACACUAAUGAGGUCAAGAACUGUGGGAAUUUGGUAAAACUCAAAUUGAGGGGCAGCAGAUUGUUCCUUUCCACAUCGCAGUUGAUUGUGUUGUUUCAUCAUUAUGCUUGAGCAUAGAGUUGUAGGAAGGCAAUUGAAAGAAUCUGUCCCUGAUUUUGUACACGGGAGAUACCUGGGUGUUAUUCCAUUUUGUGGGGUUGAUGCCAGUAUUGUAGCUGAACUGGAACAGCUUGUCUAGGGGUGCAGCAAGUUCUUAAGUACAACAGUUCAGUAUUGUGAUUAGAAUGUUGUCAGGGCCCAUAGACCAGGGUAUCCAAUGUCUUCAGCUGCUUUUUGAAGAUAUGAAGAUAUCACAUCAGACACUAUACUCCAGUUUGAAGCCUGAGCCAAAACAGUGUCUAAUAAUGGCUUUAUAGUACCUCCUUUUGCUUGAUUUGCAUAUCUUCUGCCCCCUCCAGUGGUUAAACCUGAGCCUCCAACCUUUCCACUUGAGCUCCUGAUCAGAUUAAACUCUCCUUGGAAUUAAUGUACACCUAAGGCAUGAACACUACCCUGAUGUGGAAAGACUCUUUGAACCCCACCCUCACGUGCCUCGCUAGGAGAGAUUAACCUCUCUCUGCUCCUUGUCACAACUUGAUGCAUUUUCUUCCUGUAUCGUCCUUACAGCCUUCUCCUGUUCCAAAUCAAUCUUUCCCAAUAUCAGAGUAAUGUCUGAAAUCACACGACGCCAGGUUAUAGUCCAACAGGUUUAUUUGAAAACACAAGCUUUUGGAGCUUUGCUCCUUCUCUGUAAGAAAUCAUUCAUUGUCUUCACCUACCUCAUUUCUUGCAGUCUUUUGAAUUUUGUUGCCUUCCAGCUCCUGGGCCUUGGACCCUCCCCACUGAUAAAAAUUGUGGAGGAACUACAGUCAAAUUUGUUAUCUGGCACGCAGGAUCCGGUGGUGCCAUUAAAUCAAAAAUACCAGGUAAACUAUUUCAGUUUGUGGUAAUAUUAGGAAUUGGGUAAAUUAUGCCUUGACGUGUCCUGCAACUUGCAGAGAUUUAGAGGCUCCCCAUCUUUUGAGUCUUUUCGCCAUAAACAUGGAGAGCAAAAGACUCCAACAUUCUGUACACAUUGUACAUUGAUCACAGGCUCACUGCUGUCGGAGGUUUCCUGUUUCCAGCAUCACGGAUCCGUCGUUGGCCUUAACUGAACUUCUGUUGUUUUAAGACCCGAUCCUCUGAAAGUAUUGCAGAAAGAUCGCAUCAUGGAAUCUGGCCAAGGAUUCUGCUUCAGAUCUAAGUAGUAACUUAUGACUUGUUUAAAGGAAAGGCUGUCUGUGUUCGAAAUGCUGUUGAAUCCAUGCUUGCUGUUCGAAUGUUGUAUUUGUUGGAGCUUGCUCAACUGCUUUUGGGCCCCUGUCCCACCCACCAUCUUUAGACAAAAGAGAAUAAUAAGGUCAAUAAGGUUAUUGGGUUUCUUAGAUUCAUGUUGGUUUUAAUUUGAAGAUGUUUUAAAAGGGAUUAAAAAUGCCCCCUAUAUUCUUUGUAUGGAUGUUUGAAUCUCUGAGGCUUAGCAGUGAAGAUGUCAAAGGAGAUUUUGAUUUAAUAGAUGGCUGACUUUCGCUUGAAUGUAACAGGCUUCAUGAUGUGUAAAAACCCGAGCCUUCCACCCUGAAAGACUUCCUUCCUAUAAAAGGGUGAAGACUCUAAAGUACUGAAGACAAGAGAUGUGUCUGAAGUGGCCCAAAUGUCAGGCCUACUUUCAUCUCCUGGAGGCCUUAACUUGUUAUAAGUCCCUUCAAUGUUCAUUGUUUGAGCUAAAAGAUGAGGUCAAUGUGUUUGUCUGAAUAGAAUGAGGCUAGUUGCUAGGAAGCAGAGGGCAUUUUCCUGAAAAUGAGCAGGUGAGAGUAUGAUUGUCACCACUAGAUGUCUGAGAGUUAGGGUCCUGCAAAGUAAGGGAUCCUUUGGCCUUUCACCCUCUAUCUCAAGAAACAAAGUUCCAGUUUUGCCUGGUGCCAGCAUCACACGUUUUAAUCUACUGCCUGACUAUUUGAGUUUUUUAAAAGCUAGUGCCCCCUCCCGUUUGUUUUAAGCUAAAGACAGUCGGAUUGUUUUAACAAUAACAAAAGAAUGCUGGGCAUGUGCAGCAGCUCAGGUGGCAUCUAUAGUGAGGGAAAGUCGGGGUUUGUGUUUCAGGGUAAUGACCCUUCAUUGGAACUGGAAAAUAUUUUGGCCUGAAUUGUUAACUCUGUUUCUGUCUCCACAGAUGCUACCAGAUCUGCUGAGUAGUUUCCAGCAUCUUUGAUAAUUUCCUUUUGGAUUGUUUUAAUGUUUGCUUUGUCUAAUUAGGGAUUUAUGGGUGGCAUUCUGCGAUGACUUGUUAUAAGAAUGUAAGAUAACACUUUUUUAUUUGGUUGUCAAAGAAAAAAUUAUUUUUGUACUUUUGUGAGGGGGACAUUUGAAAUCAAAACAUGUCAGUUAUUGUACAAUUUAUAAUACAGCCUUUCGUAAAUCGACAUUCAUCUCAACAUAGCACUUUAGAGAAAUCAGAUGUUUAUAUUGUAUCAUAAGACAACAGAUGGUCAUUCCAUUGUAGACAGUAGCUUUGCAAAGGAAGAAUUUAUAUAUUAUUUUUCUUCUUGUAUCUUAAUAGUGUCUGAAUCAGUUGAGGAAAAUGAUUUUGAAAUACUACAACUUUAUUGUCAUGUGUUUCCAUACAGUAUUUCCUCAACGUAAGAAAUUGUAUUUGUGCUUUUUAUUCUUUAUAAUUUUUGUUUUUGAGCUUUAUUUUAUUGGUUGAGCAAUGUACCAUGUUUGGCUGUUUUAUGCCAGAUGAUAAAUGCAUGUGUAUCCUUAUCAGUGCCCCUCCUUUGGCAGCUCUUCCUUGUACUGUUGUUGUGUUAACUGCAAUGCAUUUGGGAAUUGUACAGUGUCUUAAUAAAAAAAAAAUCCUGUUUUUUGAA